GGGCGGGCGGCCAGCGGCGAGCCGCACACAGCCACCCGUCCUCCUCCCCUCCUCUCUCCUCCUCCCCAUCUCUCCUUCCUCGGUCUCGCCGAGCAGGCAGGCGGCCGGCCGGGCUGCGGGCCCCCGACCCCACACACCGGCAGCAUGAGCUCCUUCGGCUACGAGCCGUACUACGCCACGGCGUACAAGCGGCGCUAUGCUAGCACCGCCGAGAGCCCGCGAGUGCACAUCUCGUCGGUGCGCAGCGGCUACAGCAGCACCGCGCGCUCGGCCUACUCCAGCUACUCAGCUCCCGGCUCCUCCGCGGCGCUCUCAGUUCGCCGCAGUUACUCAUCCAGCUCGGCGUCGCUGCUGCCCAGCCUGGAGAGCCUGGACCUGAGCCAGGUGGCCGCCAUCAGCAACGACCUCAAGUCCAUCCGCACGCAGGAGAAGGUUCAGCUACAGGACCUCAACGACCGCUUCGCUAGCUUCAUCGAGCGCGUCCACGAAUUGGAGCAGCAGAACAAGGUCCUCGAGGCCGAGCUGCUGGUGCUGCGGCAGAAACACGCCGAGCCGUCCCGUUUCCGCGCCCUCUAUGAGCAGGAGAUCCGAGACCUGAGGCUGGCCGUUGAGGACGCGAGCGCCGAGAAGCAGGCACUGCAGGGCGAGCGAGAUGGCCUGGAGGAGACCCUGCGCGCGCUGCAGGCGCGCUAUGAGGAGGAGGUGCUGAGCCGCGAGGACGCCGAGGGUCGCCUGAUGGAGGCGCGCAAGGGCGCUGACGAGGCGGCCCUGGCACGCGCAGAGCUCGAGAAGCGCAUCGACAGUCUGCUCGACGAGAUCGCCUUCCUCAAGAAAGUGCACGAGGAAGAGAUCGCCGAGCUGCAGGCUCAGAUCCAGUACGCGCAGAUCUCCGUGGAGAUGGACGUGUCUGCCAAGCCCGACCUGUCCGCGGCGCUCAAGGACAUCCGCUCGCAGUACGAGAAGCUGGCUGCCAAGAACAUGCAGAAUGCCGAGGAGUGGUUCAAGAGCCGCUUCACAGUGCUCACCGAGAGCGCCGCCAAGAACACCGACGCCGUGCGCGCAGCCAAGGAUGAAGUGUCCGAGAGCCGCCGCCUGCUCAAGGCCAAGACGUUGGAGAUCGAGGCGUGCCGGGGCAUGAACGAGGCCCUCGAGAAGCAGCUGCAGGAGCUAGAGGACAAACAGAACGCCGACAUCAGCGCCCUUCAGGACACAAUUAACAAAUUGGAAAAUGAAUUGAGAACCACCAAGAGCGAAAUGGCACGCUACUUGAAAGAGUACCAAGAUCUGCUCAAUGUGAAGAUGGCUCUGGAUAUUGAAAUUGCAGCCUACAGGAAAUUAUUGGAAGGUGAAGAGACCCGCCUGAGCUUCACCAGUGUUGGAAGCCUAACCAGUGGCUACUCCCAGAGCUCCCAAGUCUUUGGGCGCUCUGCCUACAGUGGUCUCCAGACCAGCUCAUACUUGAUGUCUGCCCGUGCCUUCCCCUCAUACUACACCAGUCACGUCCAAGAGGAACAGAUUGAGGUGGAAGAGACCAUUGAGGCAACCAAGGCAGAAGAAGCCAAAGAUGAGCCUCCCUCUGAAGGAGAAGGAGAGGCUGAGGAAGAGGAGAAGGAGGAGGGAGAAGAAGAGGAAGGAGGUGAAGAGGAAGAAGGUGCCAAGGAUGAAUCUGAAGACAAGGAAGGAGGAGAAGAAGAAGAAGGCGGGGAAGCUGCAGAGGAAGGCGGGGAAGCUGCAGAGGAAGGCGGGGAAGCUGCAGAGGAAGGCAAGGAAGCUGAAGAGGAGGAAGAGAAGAAGGAAAAAGAUGCUGCUGGAGAAGAAGCUGUAGAGCAGAAGAAGAAAGAUUGAGUUCUCUUUUCCUUGACUAUUUCAGGUUUCCCCCCAAUCAGGUCAACAAUCCCACCACUACGCAAUCUGUUGAGCACUGAAUGCUGUAAAGAAUAAGAAACCACAUAUUUAAAAAAACCAACAAACAACUAAUCUGAGAUGACAUAGAUUGAAAGUGAUUGUUGUGCUAAAUGUCUUCCCCCUAUACAAGAGUAUUUGGUGUGCUUCUUGACAGCUUCCCUGGCUUGCUGCCAGACUGCAUGGUACAUGCUUAUGAAUUCUGGGUUGAUGGCAGUAUGGAUGAUUCAGACAUAUACCAUUAAAAAAUGAAUAAACAAACUCUGAUAUAAAUGUUAAACUUGAUGACAAACAUAAUCUUUGGAAACCUUUGGUGGUUAGAAAAUAAUGACCCCAAGUUAUGUGCAAUAAUUAGCAAAUAAAGGCAUCCUGGAACGGCAUUAUAAUCCCUUGUUGUGGCUAUUGUGUGUUAAUCAAAGAAAGUUUCAAAUAUGCAUUCAAGCGAUGUGCAGCUGA